AUAUCACAUUUACAUACAGCAGCCUCAUGUAUUACUAUUUGACUUCGUAGCUUACAGACAACAAUCAUGGCUAAACGUUUUCUUCUUAUUCUUCCUCUCUUGUCAACUAUUCUUCUUCUUGCCGUCACGGCUGCAGAAUCCAACUCUUACUCCAAAACGACUCCUUUUCAAGAAUACAAGCCAGAGAAACUCACGCACCUCCACUUCUACUUCCAUGACGUCACAUCGGGUGACAAACCCACCGCCAUAAGAGUCACAAAUCCCCCGGUGUCAAACACCACCGCCGUCUCAACAUUUGGUGUGGUUGUGAUAGCCGACAACCUGUUGACUGAGGGACCCGACCCGAGCUCCAAAGAAAUCGGGAGAGCUCAGGGGCUGUAUGCGUCGACGGAUAUGAAUACAGUAAGCUUAACAAUGGUAUUUAACUUGGUGUUCACGGAAGGAGAGUUUAACGGCAGUACCGUCUCUAUGUACGGACGGAAUCCGAUAUUCUCAAAGUUGAGAGAGUUUCCGAUAAUAGGAGGCACCGGCGAGUUCAGGCUCGCUAGAGGCUAUGCACAGGCCCAGACUUACUCGCUUAGUGGUUUUGAUGCCGUGGUCGAGUAUAAUGUCUUCAUUUCGCAUUAAAUUACAAAUAUCAAACUAAUGUAUGAGGAUUAAGAGUGAACGAACGUAACCAAUAACGCUGAAUCAUCCAAAACAUUUGGCAUUAA